ACCAUUGUGUGUAUGUGAGGUUCACAAUGAUUAAUUUAGUGAACCAUAAUUAGCUUGUAGAAUUCUAAGGCUAACCUCUCACAUUAUUCAAUUCAUAGAUGCAAUGAAUUGUGUUUGACAUAAUGACGAGAUGGAUUUCCUUCUCCAUCAUCAUCUUGAUUGUAUUUGUUGCAACCUCUUUCAUCUUGGAAAUUGACCUUUCCAAAAUAACAGGCACAACAAUUUUCAAGUCAAUUGAAGUCUUCAAUAACAACAAACAACAAUCUGAAUAUCCACUAAACUGCAACAAUGAAACCUCAUCAUCAUCACCAACACCAAUCUGUCCAUGUUCAUAUCCAACAACAUUUGAACCUAAUGAUGACUCACCACCACCAUCAUGUCCAGAUUAUUUCAAAUGGAUCUAUGAAGAUCUUAAACCAUGGGAAAAAACAGGAAUCACUAGAGAAAUGGUUGAUAAAGGAAAAAACAUGUCACAUUUUAAGAUUAUAGUUGUGAAUGGAAAAGCAUAUGUUGAAAAAUAUUCAAAAUGUUUUCAAACAAGGGAUGUUUUCACAAUAUGGGGGAUUUUACAACUUUUAAGGUUGUACCCUGGAAAAAUACCUGAUUUGGAGCUUAUGUUUCAAUGUGGUGAUAAGACAGUAGUGUUUAAGAGAAAUUUUGGAGGAGUUGAAGAUGUGUCACCUCCACCUGUUUUUCAUUAUUGUGGAGAUCAACAUACUUAUGAUAUUGUUUUUCCUGAUUGGACUUUCUGGGGUUGGGCUGAGCUCAACAUAAGACCAUGGGAAACAACAUUAAACAAUAUACAAGAAGGCAACAAGAAUGUCCAAUGGAAGGAUAGGAUACCUUAUGCAUUUUGGAAGGGCAAUCCAUCAGUGUCUUACAUUAGAAAAGAACUUGGCAAGUGUAAUGCCUCUAAUCAACAUGAUUGGAAUGCUCGGAUAUAUGGCUUACACUGGAAAGAGGAGAAAUCGAAAAAUUUCGAAGAUACAAAACUAGAAAAUCAAUGUACAUAUAGGUACAAGAUUUAUGCAGAAGGGGCUACAUGGUCAGUGAGUGAAAAGUACAUAAUAGCAUGUGACUCUAUGACUAUGUUCAUAGAACCUAGGUACUACGAUUUCUUUUCAAGAAGCAUGCUACCUUUGCAACAUUAUUGGCCUAUUAGUAUCAGAAACAUGUGUGAAGAGAUUAAGUUUGCAGUGGAUUGGGGAAAUGCUCACCUUGAUAGUGCAAAGGCAAUUGGAGAAGGUGGAACAAACUACAUCAUAGAGAAUUUAAAAAUGAAGUUAGUUUAUGACUAUAUGUUUCAUCUAUUAAAUAGUUAUGCAAGUCUCUUGAAAUUCAAACCAACAAUUCCAAAAGAAGCAAUUGAGAUUUGUUCUGAAAGCAUGGCAUGUUCUUUACGUGGUGUAAGGAAACAUUUCUUGGUUGAGUCUAUGGUAAUGUCACCAAGUGAAACACCUCCAUGUACAAUGCCUUCUCCUUAUACAACUCAAACUCUCCAUCAAUUUCUACAACAAAAGGAGAAUCUAAUAGGACAAGUGAAGACUAGAGCAAUGAAUAAAUAGCUAUAGUGGCUUUUGUUAUAGAUGUAGAUAUAGUUCACACAAAAACACACUCACACUUUUUAAAGCAAAUUUGCAUGUCAUUUAUAAUGAUUAGUCUUAGUGUAACAAAUUAAACUUUUUUAAGUUUAAUUAUU